AUGGAGAAAAUGGUGCUACUGACUCUACCUCAGGAUGAUGGAGGAACAGGGUCCGAUAAGUUCUUCAUCGGAGACCUGGCGGGCCUUUACUUGAGGAAGAGCUUGGACUAUGAAGUGACGCAGGUCCACAAUCUGACGGUGGUCGUCACGGAUCAGGGGCUGUUGCCACAGAAACAGGCGACCUCUACUGUCAUGGUUACCGUAGAGGACGUCAAUGAUAACCCACCGACGUGUUCCAAGAGCUACGUUUAUGUGAGUAUUCCGGAGGACCAGACUCCCCCCUCAGUCCUGACCACUUUGACGUGUACGGACGCCGACAGUGGGGCCAGCGGGACCCUGACCUACUCGAUAGUGUCGGGGAAUGCAGCGGGGGCGUUUGAUGUUCAGAACAAUGGCGGAAACUGUGACGUCAGACUAGUGACGGACAGAAUAAUUGAUUUUGAUACAACCUCAAAUUCAGCCUUUCAAUUGGUAGUACGUGCGAUAGAUGGGGGCACUCCUCAGUUGUCGACUGACGUCACCAUCGAUAUCGCCAUUACGUCAGUGAAUGAGAUGACGCCAGCGUUUCAUCAGACGACAGCUUCAGUUGACGUCAGUGAGAGUACGGCGGUGGGGACGCUCAUCUAUCAGUUUACUGUCCAGGAGACGGAUAAAAUUGACUCCACGAACCUGCAGGGCACCGUCAGUACCAUACAAGCUUCAGGAGACUCAGCAAAAUUUGCUAUGAACCCAGUCACGGCUGCUGUGUAUCUCAAGGAACCAUUAGAUUUUGAAACGGCACAGACUCACACAGUUACAGUCCAAGUGGCGGAUGAGGGAAUCACCCCUCAGAAAAUGUCGACUGCUACGCUAACUAUCAACGUAUUGAAUACAAAUGACAACAAACCAGUUUGUUCGGCAGUGUAUUUUGCCGUUACUUUACCAGAGAACAGUGCUGUUGAUAGUCAACUCCAGGAUAUUAUUUGUAGUGACGGAGAUACCGGGGCACUGACCUACACUAUCACCGACGGCAACGCUUUAGACAAGUUCAAAAUGACUGGACAACUCCUUAAAUUGAAAAAUCAAAUUGACGCCGACACAGAGGCUACACAGUACAGUCUAAAAAUAGAAGUCGUUGAUGCUGGACCCGCACCCGCGCAGACAACUACAUUAACGGUGGCUGUGUACGUCACUGGUGUAGAUGACAAUGUUCCUGUAUGGGAAGCCCCUAACAGUGGAACAUACAGUACAUCUAUUUCCGAGAAUUCAGGUGUAGGAACGUUGGUGCAGCUUAUAAGUGCUACCGACGCAGACUUGGCAGGCACCUUCGAUGCUGAUAUUACAUAUAGUAUAGAAGACACGACUUCAGUAUUUGGAAUCGAACCAAAGACAGGUCGAAUCUAUCUUGCGAAAGGGGAACUGGACCGUGAGAUGUUGGACAGUUAUAUCAUAAGUGUUUCCGCGUUUUCGUUCAAUCAGGAGGCGGCAAAGAUCCUGGGAACCGUGACGGUUGCCGUCCUGGAUACCAACGACAACAAACCAACAUUCUCUCAGAGUUCAUACCAAGUAACAGUUCCAGAAAACACAGGUGUAAACCUUGGAAUUCUGACUGUGACUGCACAAGAUCCGGAUCUUGGAACGAACAGACAGAUAUCUUAUUCCAUCACAAGUGGAAACACAGGAACCGGAUGUUCUCUGGCCAUAGAUGCUGCUUCCGGUUUGAUUUCUGCUACAUCUGCGUUUGAUUACGAGUCUGCUAGUCUUUGUACGAUUGUGGUCAAGGCAGAAGAUGGCGGCACACCUACUCCGCUCUCUUCAACGGUGAAUGUUUACGUCACAGUAACCGGAAUAAACGAGUUCACGCCGACCUUUCCUGGAUCUUUGACUGGCACAGUGCAAGAAAACGCCGCAGCAGGUACGGCAGUGCUCUUUCCCGCUGCCUCAGAUUCGGACGCGGGUGAUGACGGGUCGAUUGUUUACUCUUUGAUGACACACACAGAUACGUUUGCAAUCAAAAGUUCCACGCACGAACUGUUCCCAAUUCAUCCCCUUGACCGCGAAGCGCAAGCUACGUAUGAAGUGGUGAUUUUAGCUGUGGACCAGGCGAGUGUCGAAAGUAAAACCGGAACAGGUACCAUGACGAUCACCGUCGAUGAUGUCAACGAAUAUCCCCCAGAUUGUUCGAUAAGUGCCGAGGUUGUUGCAAGUCCACCGUUUACUAUUGGCUUAGACGUCUAUACGGUGAUAUGUACCGAUCAGGAUUCGCCCGGCCCGCAUGGCAACAUUGUCUACACGAUAAACGCGGGAAAUACAAACAUGGAUUUUCGGAUUGAGCCAGAUGGCCGGGUUGUAUUCAAUAAAUUACCGAGUGACGUUAACUAUCAACUCACUAUCAUUGCGUCAGAUUCUGCUGUUGUUCCUCUUUCAACGACCAUAUUUCUUAAUGUACUGUUACAAUCAGACCCGGUAUUUACGAACAUGCCUGGUACUGCGUUAAUUGAUGAGUCGUCUCCUCUGGGUUCCUCUGUUUUCGACGUUUUGGGAAGCACCGCAUCUGGAUUUAAAUCGUUUUCGAUAGUUAGCGGCAAUACAGAAAAUAAAUUCAAAAUCAAUUCUUACACCGGCAAUGUAUUUAUUUACUCGGCUUUGGAUAGAGAGGUUACUGCAUCUUAUACCUUAGGUAUCAGAAUCACUGAUAUAAAUCUAUCGAAGACUGCCGAUAACGCAAUUACCGUGACCGUUGUUGAUAGCAACGACAACCCACCAACAUUUGGUUCCACGUUUUACGAAACGUCCAUUGCAGAGAACAUUGGUGUAGGGACAUUGAUUCAAGAUUUGGCUGCAACAGACAUUGAUUCAGCAGGACCAAACAGCGCGAUGUCUUACUCCAUAGCUAGCGGUAACGCUGAGAGCAAAUUCGAGAUAGACACAAGUGGUCAAUUAAAACUUAGUGCUACAUUGGAUGCUGAAACUACCAAAAUUUACAUGCUAACGGUAGUAGCCACUGACGCCGGAACACCACCCCUAACAGGGACCACAAUAGUUCUAUUGCAAGUGACGAAUGUUAACGAAUACCAAACGGAGUUCUUGACAACAGGUGGUGCGUAUUCGCACACUCUUGCGGAAAACACUGCAUUGGGCACUCUCAUAUUCACCGUCACUGCUCAAGAUCUCGAUGUAGGGUCUGCAAUAACGUAUGCCAUCACUGUAGGAAACGAUAACUCGUUCACUGUUGAUCGUCAGUCUGGAAACAUCUAUCUCACUAAGCUGCUGGAUCGAGAGACAACGCCUUCCUACUCGUUAACGAUUACUGCGAGCAACGGACAAGGUGACGUCACCAACGCCGUUCUCGCUUUGACAAUCACGGACGUCAAUGACAACGAUCCAGUUUUCUCACAGAAUGUUUACACGGGCCAAGUUAUUGAGAAUUAUCCAAUUGGAGGAUCUGUUACACGUGUAACGUGCACUGAUGCUGAUUCCGGAGUAAACAAGGACCUGACUUUGUCCAUUGUGGCGGGGAACACGGGGAACGCUUUCCGAAUCACUUCUGAUGUAAUCGAGGUGAACUCUGUCUUGGAUUACGAAGCGACAAAUAAAUACGUCAUCCUGAUUGAAAGCAAAGAUAAUGGCAGUCCGCGAAGGUCUUCAACUGCAACCGUUGAUAUUGAUAUUACUCCUGUUUAUGCACAGCCACGUUUCGCAUCAAAUACACAGUCUAUCACCAUAGCGGAAAAUACACAGAUUGGUACAUCGGUGUUUGAUUCAGACGCGACAAUCAGCGGCGCACUUGAAAACAAGGACCUUUCCUAUGCAAUAACUGCUGGCAACUCCGAUGGAAAAUUUGCUGUAAAUGAAUAUACCGGACAAUUGAGUGUUAUUGGAAAUCUUGACAGGGACACCACAGCAAGUUACGACAUUACGAUAACAGCAGUAAACAUUCAACAGAGCACGCUUCGUGAUUUCGUCACAGUUACAGUUACGCUUAGUGAUAUAAAUGACAACAAACCUAUCUUCUCUGUUUCCAAAUAUUCCUUCACAAUACCAGAGGAUAGUCCAAUAAAUUCCGUUGUUGGAACAUUGACAGCAUCAGAUAAGGACACGGGAACCAAUUCGGCUAUUAGUUUCUCCAUUGUUUCUGGUGAAUUCAGUUCUGAUUUCAUCAUAGAUUCGUCGACUGCGGUCUUGAAAGUGAAUUCUGUGCUUAACGCCCCACUAAGAAGCUCGUAUGCUCUAAUCGUCCAAGCUGUGGAUGGCGGGACUCCAUCUCUUGCUAGUACCGUUGAAGUAGACAUCAUUAUAACGGAUAUUAAUGACAACUCUCCUAUAUUCAGUCCAACAACUGUUAUCGUUAAAGUGAACGAAAUGUUGAACAUAAGCAGUGCUCUGUAUUCCGUGCACGCGACCGACGCCGACGCUGGAGCAAAUGCUCGAUUGACGUAUUCCAUUCUUUCUGGAAAUGGCGACCUUCGGUUUUCCGUAGAUCCUAAUAAUGGAAAAAUCCUUCUUCGAAACUUGCUUGAUCGUGAAGCUGUAGGAUUGUACAGUCUUAUCAUCAUAGCUGUUGAUGCGGGAAGUCCAGCAAAAACGGGGAGCCUGACCUUAAGUAUAGAAGUCAUGGACGCCAACGAUAACUCUCCGUAUUUCAUUGGAGAGCCCUAUUCUAUUACUCUUGGGCGAGCUAGCUCAGUAGGAACAUAUCUAACUACGAUUACUGGUAACGACACCGAUAUAAUGGAUAAUGCUGUCAUUGAAUAUUUCAUAGCUGGUGGUGACGUCACAAACACUUUCUUCUUAAACAAAGACAGUGGACGGGUAUCGACAGUGACGUCAUUAGUUUCAUCUCCGGAUACGUAUUCCUUGGUUAUUCAUGCAAUAGAUAAAGGAGUUCCGAAGAAAACCUCUACCACCACACUGAGUGUUAGGAUAGAUCCUCCAUACUCGCCGACCUCAAGCGACUUCUCUUAUAGUAUUGACGAAAACGUGGCUAUAGAUACGUCUGUAGGCACAGUGAUACCUGACCCAAUACAUAACCCGGGCACAACGAUCGAAUAUACGAUUAUAUCUGGAAACUUCAAUAACAACUUCAAAAUUGGCGCGAACAACGGCGUCGUGAAGGUAGCUCGUGCUAUAGAUCACGAGGAACGGAUCAACUAUUUUCUCACCGUACAAAUUCAGGAUACUGUAAACACUGGUCUUGUAUACAACAAAAACGUUAACGUGAAGGUUAAUGAUCUUAAUGACAACACGCCAACAUUUCAGUCUUCAACUAUCACAUUCGCUGCUGUUGUUGAAAAUUCACCUGUUGGGUUGACUAUUGGCCAAGUUCCUGCUACGGACGCUGAUAGUGACUUGAAUGGACAAGUAACGUAUGAGAUAGACCCCUCUGAUACAGCGGCCUUGACCGCAUUAAGUAUUACUUCGUCAGGUCAUCUGACACUGUCGAUUUCUCCGGACUACGAAUCCUCUCCAAGAAUAGCUUUUAUCGUUUAUGCAAAAGACCAAGGCACUCCGUCUUUAACAGGAAGUGUUAAUGUUGUGAUUGAUGUAGUUGAUGUUUACGAUAAUCCCCGUUCGACUUCAACUAACGGACAGUCUCCUUUUUAUUCCCUGGAAUGUCCAACAACGGCAAAGAAUGGUGAUGUGAUAGUGAAAGUAAAAGUAGCCGAUUUCGGGUUCACGAUUGGACCAAGUGAUUCUGUAAGGUACAGUUUGAUUGGAGGAACUACGCUGUUUAAUGUCGGGUCCACCUCGGGAGAUUUAUACGUCAAAGACCACAGUAAAUUGUUUGAUGGCACGCGGUAUUUCUUUUCAAUGGCCGUUAGAAUCCAAACAUCCGGGAACAACGUAACGGCGACGUCCGCUCUGUUCCGAGUGGAUACAAUGACACCAACAGAACAUAUGGUCGUGCUUACCCACAGUAUUUCAAAAGCAACCGUGGAAUCACAGAAGCAUCUGCUUCUUGCAUCUCUUCAAAACUUGUUUCCCGCCAAUACAAGGGUCGGUAUUUGGAGAAUUACAGAAACCACGACCACAGCAAGACGUCGUCUGUUGGCGUCAACUUCACAGUCCACUAUGUAUGUCGUCAAUAGCGUGUCCGCUGACACUCAGUCUGGUAUCGAUGGAAACAAACCUUUCAUGUCUCAAGAUAACAUCCUCAACGUGCUGCGCGAGUCUCCCGACGGCACGCCCUCCUCCGUGCUAACCACGCCCACUUUUGCGACGUUUCCUGUGACGUCAGUCGACCCAUCGACUGAGUUUGUCAUCUCGGACACCGAGUCUUGGCCGGAAACUACCGAAGGGAUCGCUGUAUUGACGACUAUUGGAUUGACCAUCCUUAUUGCUGUGUUGUUCACUGUGAUUUAUUGCGUCUGCUCGUACAGGGGACGGAAAUACAAGUUAAAGGAAGAAAAUGAAGAAGCUACUAAAUCUACAGCCAAAGUUCGGCCUGAAAAGAAACAUUCAACACAGGAAUCAUUUAUAAUUAAUGAUAUCCCUCCGGAAGCAUUGCCAGUCAUUCCGACCUAUCGAGAGUCCCUCCAACACCAAGUCUACAAUCCGAGAAAAAAUUCGAAGAACAACGAAGUUCCGGUUCGGAAAACAAGCAAGCAUGUGUCUGUGACGGAAUUUAACCAUUCAACCAUGACAGACGAUGUCCCGCCCAAACUGUUUCAUCCGGGUGGUCGGAGAGAAAGAAGUGACAUCUCGCGACGGGAAGGUGUGGUCACCCCAAGAAAUAUCAUGUUUGAGUGAAUAAUAUCGGUGUGUAAUAAUACUUAUUGAAAAUCGUAUUAUUAACGUACAGUUUUGGUACCUGUAUAGAUUGUCCUUAUUAAAAUAACUUUCAGAAAAACUCUAAAUGGCCUUCUUCUUGAUUUAUGAUUGGAUAGAUAUACACCGGUAUGAUAAAUUGACAAUAGGUAAUUUACGAGUUACAGUCAAAAUAAUAUUGCUUCUCAAAGAAUUAUCUCAAGCUUGGUAAAUUUUGAAGAAAAAAACCCGAUAACUUCGAAAACUAAUAAUGGAGAAACAAAUAAAAAGACUGCAUAAUUUAUUUAAGGAAACUAAUAGAUAUUUUUUGGUAGAUAAUAACUGCUUCUUUUGGACCAUCUUCACUUGAAUAUUGGUGAUGACCUGUUCAAUGGACGGUUUCCUGUCUUAUGUAAGAGUUCUUCUAAUGAGUAGUGACACCAGCAUCAGACUGGUCAUAAGUAUCCAAUU